CACUAAUAGCAAACAGUUUUAUUAAACCCUCAAGUCCUCCAUACUCCAGUUUACUUUUCAUCAUCAUGUUAAGCAAGUUGACGUUGUUCUUCAUUUUGGUGGCCCCUACAAAAACUUCUAAUACCGCCGAUUUAGGACACAAAGGAGCUCUCAAAAACUCAGAUCCACAGUUAUACCAAAGUGAAGGAUGCUACGAAGCAAAGUCAAUGCAAGAUGCUGGUGUUAAUCUCGGAUACCUUGGUAAUUUUGCUAUCAGCGAAUGCGCUGAGCUUGCCUUAAAAAGAGGUUUCUCCGAGUUUGGUCUUUUUCAAGGAGGCUUGUGUAAAGGUGGAAGCAAUCUGCAAGGAAUGGUUUCUGAAACUUCUGUUACCUGCAGAAAUGGUGUGGGAGGAGAGGAUUCUGUGGAACUGUACUCGCUUAAGCUGUCAGCCAUUGCCUGUCCAAUUGAGUCUUCGGACAAAGCCAGUAAAUCAUGCCAGACACAGAGACAACAUGAAACAGCUAAAACCAGAGAGGAUUACGAACUCAGCAAAGGCGAUGACUACUUAAAAAUUCCACGCAUUAACAAGAACACAGCGGAAGUGUUCCUCAUGCUGAAAAAAGACCCCUUGGAUAAUCACUGGAUCUCAUUGUACAACCAAACUAUUUACAAAAACUUUGGUCUUUUCUUUUUACUUAAUAAUUUAACGGGAGGAAAAGAUAUUGAUUACAAUAAAGUAUACAAGUUCUUCGUUGAUCGUCAACGACAUCAACACUUUGUCCGUCCGGAAGACCAAAAGUUUUUUCGUUUUGCUUUUCAAGACACGAGCAACCCAUUUAAAGAUGUAUCUGAUCUGUCUCUUUGGAGAGAUGAUGACAUCUUUACUGAUCAGCGAUUGGCUGGUAUGAACCCAAUGGCCAUUCAGAGGGUUUCGAGUCCAGGCAAGCGAGGAGGAGUGAGCUGGAAAAAAUUGUGUGGAAAGUUAAACCCAAGAUUCGACUGGCAAGGAGCGAUACAAGACGUGCUUGGAAAGAGUAUAUCAGUUAAUCGGGCAAUACGCGGAGGUUAUAUCUUCGUGGUACACUAUCCCUUAUAUGACGGACUAAAUACGGUGAAGGAUCCUCUUGGAGAACUGAUGGAAGCAAACUCACCAAUCGCCAUAUUUGCAUCUAAACCCAGUCAUCAAAAGCUCCCAAACAGGCUAAAACCAGUGGCCAUUCAGAUAAACAGUUCCCCAGAUUCUCCAGUUUAUACCCCAGAAAAUAGCCAGUUAUGGCAGAUGGCUAAACAUGUGCUCCAAGUUGCAGACUUCGCUCAAACUCAAAUUGUGGAACAUCUUUACAAAAUCCAUUUGUAUAUGGAGCCUAUCUGUGUCUGCAUGCAUCGGCGCCUGUCAAAAUUGCAUCCUCUUCACCAGCUACUAAAGCACCAUUGUAGGGGUCUGCUUGGAACAAACGCGCUUGGAUAUCCAUUUCUGAUGGCACCGGGUAAUGGAUCCAUCGAAAAGCUCAUGUCAGUUGGUCUACAAGGUGCUUUGACAAUGAUGAAAAGAGCCUAUAAAGACCUUUCCUGGGAAGAAACGGAUUUUUUAGCCAACAUUGAGAAACGAGGCCUAGGAGACAAGAAGAAAUUGCCAUACUUUCCCUACAGAGACGAUGGAGAACUGAUUUAUCAUGAGCUGUCGGAUAUGGUCAAAGAAUUCGUCGGGAAGUACUACAGAUCCUGCAGAGAAGUCAGGAAGGACAAAGAGCUGCAAGAUUUCGCAUAUGACGUCUCUGUGAAAUCUGGAAAGGUGAAGGACUUUCCAACCAAAAUUACAUCCAAGUUGAGUCUAACGAGACACUUAGUUCGAAUUAUGUGGAUGACGAGUGCCCAACACAGUGCCAUCAACUAUCCCGUGGAUCAUUACGGUGCUUUGACGUUUAACUCGCCGACAAAACUGUACAAAGAUGAGGUGGCAGGUGCGGGUCAUUAUGGCUUCAGUAAUCUCCCUAGGAUGUUCACUAGUAUGACUCAGUCAGCAUUAGCUAUGACUCUGGCAGCAAUGCGUUACGACUCUCUCUUAGACUUCGUGCCAAAAUUCCCGGACGAAGAAGGAAAGUUUGUCCUUCAGAAGUAUCAAGGCCGCCUGCACGGCAAAGUGACGCCUAUAAUAACCCAAAGGAAUAAGCAGAGAUUCAAGGAGGGCCAUCUGCCUUAUCCCUAUCUCUUGCCAGCUUGGAUAGCUAAUAGUAUUCAUACUUAGGCCCAAUCAUUACCCAGCAGGGACGAAGAGAGACUUGGGCUUCAUUAGUUAUGGAGUAGAUGUUCAUUUAAACUGAAGUUUUAUCUCGUAAAUCAACGAGUUUCAAUAAUAUUUAUAAUCCGCGAAAGGUAAGAAUUUGACAUAUAAUUAUAAUAUCAUCCAGUCUUGGUUUGAUAGUAGUGCGCACUGCAAAAUGGUAUGAAAUGGUAGAUAUACAGGAAUAAAAUCUCAUUACGAAAACGAAUGGCGUACAGUGGCUCAGAAUUCAUAGAAUAUAUACCGUCAAAUUUAUUAUUAUACAUUCUUUUCCGUCACACCUACAAACAAUAGAUUUUAUAUGUGGAGAAGUGACGUCUUAACUACUGACAAUAGUUUUAUGCGCUCUUUUCUUCACAAGUGCAGCUCAGGAAUAUGCAUAAUAAAACAAUUAUUGGAUUCGGUUUUCGCAUGAUAGCGAUAAUUAUCAAGGCCUCA